AUGAGUGGCUCCUUUGACAGCAUUCUGACAGCUUAUAAUCUUUCUUCUAGCCCUACGCAAAGUCCAGUUGAUGCCAAUGGACUGGAUUCAGUAUCUGCAAGCCAAGAAAAGAAUACAGAGGAUCCUCGUGAGCCUGAGGAUCAAAACACUGAAGACAUCAACACUACUUCAGUACCAAAUACUCCAGCUCAAAGAAGCUCAAUUGUGGGCUUAGAAACACACAGUAUAAAGCGACCUCUGUUGGCCAGUCAAUACAUUGAUAUUCAGGCCCUUCACAAAAAAUUGAAGCCUGAGAGUAAAAGUGAGCUACAAAAAUAUGCUAAGGCAUCAGCAUAUGCCAUCCUUUUACAGAUUGCAGAACGGGGCAAGGCACUUGAUAUGGGGCAACAAGGCUGGGACAUGGCCAAACGAGUGUGUGGAUUUGCCACAAGCCGCUCAUGGGGUUACUCAGCAAAACUUCGUGAGGAAGAUGAAAAGUGGGAAAAAUUGGUUAAAUGUUGUCAAAGCCGUCUCACACAGCGUCGCUCGGACAUCAAAGGCAUUAUCAAAGAGGCUACAGAAUCUAAGAAGGACAUUGUUGCUUGCUGCAACAGGCUUGCAACAUAUGGCCGCUUUGACAGUCAAGUCAACAUCACUGUGCAAAUGUAUGCUUGUGUUGCAUUCUUACACUUUGCCUUAGGACAGGAUGGGAGCUUCUGGAAGCAAGUGGACAUUACCUUGCAAAAAGUGAGAGACACUCAUAAGGAGCCAAGGAAAAUCACGAAGUGGUUCACUAAGGUGCUUGAAGAUGACCGUAAAAAAUAUGGAGCAAGAGAUACAGAAAAAAUAGGAGAUGCUUCACUUGAGCAGGCUGAGAUUAACGACACAAUGGCUUCUGGGUCUUUCGUCAACAUAGAUGUGGGUGAAGUGACUGAGGAGAACAAUUGA